ACCAUGAUCGGGAGUGACUACGUGCUUGAAGCGCACAACAUCUACCACACAACCGAGGUUGAUACGGGCGGGUGCUUUAAUGGCGGUGGACAGUCGGCACUGGUGCUGAAGGGAGUGCAUCUGACCGUGCACAGUGGCGAGGUGAUGGCCAUCCUCGGUUCGAAGGGCAGUGGAAAGCGUGCCCUGCUGGAUGUUAUCGCCCGCCGGUCGGAUGGAUCGUCCCGUGGGCAGGUGCUGCUUAAUGGUGCACCGCUAACGAAGUCACUGUUUCAGCAGCGUUGCGGGUACGUGACGCAUGCCUGUGACUUCAUACCGGGGCUGACGGUUUCUCAAACGCUUCACUACACACCUACAAUCCUGGGAGGUUAUUUGAAAAGCUCCAAAGUACGCCAGGUACUUGCCGAUCUUGCACUGUCACAGGUGUCUCACAAGAAGGUGGAAAAUCUUAACAUUAGCGAAAAGCGUCGGCUUGCGAUCGGUAUACAGCUGGUUCGUGAUCCCGUGAUGCUGUUGCUGGAUGAACCGACACAAGGGUUGGAUCCAUUGAGCGCUUAUCUGCUGAUUAGCAUUCUGUCCAACUCGGCAAAGAAGACCGGCUGUGGAAUAUUGCUUUCGCUGGAAAAACCUCGUUCUGAUGUGUUUCCCUUUUUGGACAGGGCAUUGUUUUUGUGUUUGGGUGGUGCUGUGUAUUCGGGCGGUACUAGAGCUAUGCUAGAAUACUUCCAUGGUAUUGGAUUCCCGUGCCCACAGUUAGAAAAUCCCCUUAUGUACUAUCUCUGCUUGUCAACAGUGGAUCGAAGAUCUCGCGAUCGGUUCCUAGAGUCAAGCCAGCAGAUUGAGGCGCUAGUGGAGCGAUUCGCCCGUGAAACACCUAUCCCAGAAGCGCCGAUCAAUCCGAUCGGUAGUGGCAAGAUCCCUUUGGCGUAUGGGAAACCUGGUGAACUGAAAGUAUGGGGAAUCCUGUACCUACGUUUAUUGGCGGCCACUUUCUCCUGCGGUUAUGCCGGCAUGAAGGCCCUAUUUCUGCGUCUUCUUGCACUUCCAGCAACAAUGGGAUUGCUCUGGUUAUUCUACGGCCAAACCGGUGAUGAUGCACAUGGAUUCUUCAGCAAGGGUGGUUUAAUCUUGAGUGUGCUUGCUUUGAGCUAUGGCGUUGGUAUAUGGACAACCAUUUCACUAUUUCCACCUUGGCGUAAGCGGUUCUGUCAGGAAUAUGCAGAAGGACUUUACACCGGUGCAACGAUGCUGAUCGCUUACAAUACCGUUUCGAUACCGUUCUCCUUCAUCUCAUCGGCUGUUGCUGCCUGUGUUCUCUACCCGCUCGUACUAGACCCAUCCACUCCGGAUGGCAUGACGUUCACCUAUCUGAUGGUGGCACUCUGGACCAGCUUCAUGCUAGCCGAGCAGCUAUGCGUCAUGUUCUUGCUUGUCAUGAAAUCACAGCUGAACGCUGCCAUUGCUGCGUCCUACAUACUGAUCGUUUGCCUAACGCUCGCUAGUGGCACUAUCAGAUCCACAAAGGGACUGCCCGGCUGGCUGCAGGAAAACGCCAAAGGUGUACACACAAAGUACGCCAGUUCGCUUCUUCAUACCGCCACUUUUUUGGGACGCAAAAUGAACUGUACACCGGCUAACGGGAUCGUAUGUCCUCAACCGGCUGAUUUUCUUAUGGAACGGCUUGGACGGGCCAACCCGCAGGAAACGACCGAUAUCGCUGCCAGUAUUGCCUUUGCAUUGGGGUUGUGUGCAUUUAACAUGAUUCUGUAUCUGCUUCCUAUGCCACGCUUCGUGCGUCGAAAGUUCCGUGAGUAGGAAAGUUGAUGGUUUUACUA